UUAAAGAUAAGAGACCACAGACUGUUAAGAAAGCUCUCAGCUGCUCUGAGUGUGGUAAAACAUUCAAAAGGAAAGGACAUCUGAGCACACACAUGAUCACUCACACAGGAGAGAAACUGUUCAGCUGCUCCGUUUGUGGUAAAAAAUUUGGCCACCAAAGAAGUAUAAUCAGACAUAUGAUAAAUCACUCAACAGAGAAACCGUUCAGCUGCUCUGAGUGUGGUAAAGAAUUUAGUCAAAAAGAUUGUCUGACAAGCCAUCUGAUGAUUCAUUCCCAAGUGAAACCAUUCAGCUGUGCUGAGUGUGGGAAGGGAUUUAACUUCAGGUCAGGACUGAGAAUGCAUAUGGCAAAUCACAGAGGUCAUCUGUUCAGCUGCUCUGAAUGUGGGAAGGGAUUCAACCAGAGGAGACAUCUGAGAGAACAUGUGAGGAUUCACAGUGGAGAGAAACCAUUCAGCUGCUCUCAGUGUGGUAAAGGUUUUACUCAACAAGGUUCACUGACAGAACAUAUGAGGAUUCACACAGGAGAGAAACCCUUCAGCUGCUCUGAAUGUGGUAAGAGCUUUACCCGAAAUGGCAAUCUGAUGGCGCAUAUGAAAACCCACACAGGAGAGAAACCAUUCAGCUGCUCUGAGUGUGGAAAGACAUUUAACCUGAAAGGAAACAUGACCACACACAUGAAAACCCACUCGGGAGGGAAAGCCUUCAGCUGCUCUGAGUGCGGCAAAACAUUUAGUAAUAAAAGAUAUCUCACCAGACACCUGAACACUCACACCUCAGGACAGUGAACGUGGUCAGAGCUUCACCCGACAGAACAGACGAGAGAAACUCUUCAGCUGCUCUGAGGGAGUUAAGACUUCACAGAUGUGUGUGAGCAGUCAGAGCCUCUUCAAACCAAACGAUAAGAAAAGAGGCUGAACGUGAGGAUGUGGAUCAGAAGAGGAGGUCAGAUCCAGAGAGACCCUGAGGCUCCCUGCAGA